AUGGGUUCCUCACUCUCCAAGUCGCCCAAGUCGGCAACAUCCUCCUCCGGCAGCAGGGUGCCCAACCACGCCCGCCGUGCGUCCUCGAAAGUAGCCCCACCCGCUGCCGCCGCACCGCCGCCAGUCGUAGAGAAGAAGCGUGGAGUCUUCACCGCCGCCAUCGAUCAGGGCACUACGUCCUCGCGAUUUCUGAUAUUCGAUGGCUCGGGAACUCCUACGGCUAGCCACCAGGUUGAGUUUGAACAGUUGUAUCCGCACUCGGGCUGGAUCGAACACGAUCCGUACGAGCUGCUGAGGAGCGUCAACGUAUGCAUCGACCGUGCGGCAAAGCAGUUUCAAGAGCAAGGAUACGUGCUCGAGGAUAUCAAAGCGAUUGGUAUCACCAACCAGCGGGAAACAACGAUCGUCUGGGACACCCUCACUGGAAAGCCACUACACAAUGCCAUCGUCUGGCCGGAUACCCGCACGUCAAGGCUCGUCCACGAGCUCCGGAAGAAAGAGGGUGCGGAUAAACUUCCGGAACUAUGCGGGCUGCCGCUGUCCACGUACCCCUCGUCGGUGAAGCUGCUGUGGAUGAUCCGUCAUGUCCCCGCGGUGGCAGCUGCGCUGAAGGCUGGUCGUUUGUCGUUCGGUACCGUCGACACGUGGCUGCUCUACAACCUCACCGGUGGCCUCGGGAAGGGGUGCUUCGUCACCGACCCGUCCAAUGCCUCGCGCACCAUGUUCUGCAACAUCCGGACACUGGAGUACGACGACUUCCUCCUGGACUGGUUCGGCGUCAAGGGUGUCAACCUGCCGAAGAUCGUUCCCAGCUCGGAUCCCGAGGCGUACGGAGUGCUGGCGGACGGCGCGUUGAAGGGUGUCCGGAUCGCCGGGUGUCUGGGCGACCAGAGUGCGGCGCUAGUGGGCCAGUGCGCCUUCACCCCCGGUAUGGCAAAGAAUACCUACGGAACCGGUUGCUUCUUACUCUACAAUACCGGAUACGACCCGGUGAUUUCCAAGAACGGGCUCUUGACGACUGUGGGGUACGCGUUCAAGGGGCACAAGCCGGUUUAUGCGCUGGAAGGAUCUAUCGCCGUCGCCGGAUCCGCAGUCAAAUUCUUGAGGGAUAACUUGGGCAUGAUCAAGCACUCGCAUGAGAUCGGCGAGCUCGCAUCCAAAGUACCAGACAGUGGAGGUGUUGUGUUUGUCACCGCGUUCUCGGGAUUGUUCGCGCCGUACUGGAUCGACGAUGCGCUGGGCACCAUCUUCGGCAUGACCCAAUACACCACCAAGGAGCACAUCGCGCGGUCAACCAUUGAGGCCACUUGCUUUCAGACGAGGGCCAUCCUGGAUGCGAUGGAGCGGGACAGCGGUACCGCCUUGCACGCGCUCGCUGUGGAUGGAGGGAUGAGCAACUCGGACGUGUGCAUGCAGAUACAAGCCGACAUAUUAGGUCUGGAGAUCGAUCGGCCACAGAUGCGGGAGACCACUGCCCUCGGCGCCGCCAUCGCGGCCGGAUUUGCGGUUGGCGUGUGGGAGGAGUUUAGCGAAUUGAAGGGCAUCAAUCGCGAUGACCGGACCACGUUCGUGCCAAAGACCGACGACGCCACACGGGACAAGCUAUUCGCCAACUGGGAGAAGGCCGUGGACCGCAGCAAAGGCUGGCUCGACAACGAUCGCGUCGACGACGAUGAGGAAUAG